GACCAUGGCUGGCUCCGACACGCCGAUGACCCAGAUGACGGACCAGCGUCUGGCCACCCGGGAUUGUCAGGGCCCCUGGGGAAUCCCAAGUCCGGGGAGCACGAGAUCCCGGACCGCGAGGGUCUGCAGCGCAUCACUGGUUUGUCCCAGGGCCAUUCGACCCUCAUAGUGGCGGUGCUGUGUUACAUCAACCUCCUGAACUACAUGGACCGCUUCACCGUGGCUGGCGUUCUUCCAGACAUCGAGCAGUUCUUCAGCAUCGGAGAUAGUAGCUCUGGCCUCAUUCAGACUGUGUUCAUCUCCAGCUACAUGGUGUUGGCACCAGUGUUUGGCUACCUGGGUGACAGGUACAAUCGAAAGUACCUCAUGUGCGGGGGCAUUGCCUUCUGGUCCCUGGUGACACUGGGGUCAUCCUUCAUCCCCAGAGAGCGCUUCUGGCUGCUCCUCCUGACCCGGGGCCUGGUGGGGGUCGGGGAGGCCAGUUACUCCACCAUUGCGCCCACUCUGAUCGCCGACCUCUUCGUGGCAGACCAGCGGAGUCGGAUGCUCAGCGUCUUCUACUUUGCCAUUCCUGUGGGCAGUGGUCUAGGUUACAUUGCAGGCUCCAAAGUGAAGGAUGUGGCUGGAGACUGGCACUGGGCUUUGCGGGUGACACCAGGUCUGGGAGUUGUGGCUGUUCUACUGCUGUUCCUGGUGGUACAAGAGCCCCCAAGGGGAGCUGUGGAGCGGCACUCAGGUUCCCCACCCCUGAGCCCCACCUCAUGGUGGGCAGAUCUGAAGGCGCUGGCACGAAAUCCUAGUUUCGUCCUGUCUUCCCUCGGCUUCACUGCCGUGGCUUUUGUCACCGGCUCCCUGGCUCUCUGGGCCCCAGCAUUCCUGCUGCGCUCCCGUGUUGUUCUAGGAGAGACCCUGCCCUGUCUCCCUGGAGACUCGUGUUCUUCCUCUGACAGUCUCAUCUUUGGACUCAUCACAUGCCUGACUGGAGUCUUGGGUGUGGGACUGGGUGUGGAGAUCAGCCGCCGCCUUCGCCGCUUCAAUCCUCGGGCUGACCCACUGGUCUGUGCUGCUGGCCUCCUGGGCUCCGCGCCUUUCCUCUUCCUGUCCCUGGCCUGUGCCCGAGGUAGCAUCGUGGCCACCUACAUUUUUAUCUUUAUUGGGGAGACCCUGUUGUCCAUGAACUGGGCCAUCGUGGCUGACAUCCUACUGUAUGUGGUGAUCCCAACUCGACGCUCCACUGCUGAGGCCUUCCAGAUCGUGCUGUCCCAUUUGCUAGGUGAUGCUGGGAGCCCUUACCUCAUUGGUCUAAUUUCUGACCGCCUCCGACGGAGCUGGCCUGCUUCCUUCUUGUCUGAGUUCCGGGCCCUGCAGUUCUCGCUCAUGCUCUGCGCUUUUGUUGGUGCACUGGGUGGUGCGGCCUUCCUGGGCACUGCCAUGUUCAUUGAGGAUGACCGCCGACGGGCUCAACUCCACAUGCAGGGUCUGUUGCAUGAGACAGGACCCUCAGAUGACCGGAUUGUGGUGCCUCAGCGAGGCCGUUCUACCCGGGUCCCUGUGUCCAGCGUGCUCAUCUGAGAAGCUGUUGCUCACCCAGCCACAGGUUCACCACAGCUGGCCCUGGGCCCACCCUGGGAGGUGCCCAGGCAGAAGCCCUCACCAGGUCCAGGUCCAAGGAAGAAGCCCUGGGAUAUGUCCCAGCUCCCAAACACUACAUGGGCAGCCCAGGGAAGAGAUGGGGUUCCAGAAGUGGGGGUUGUCCUGUCUAUUAGGGCAGCCCAAGGGGUUUGGUGCUAUUUGUAAUGGAAUAAAAUUUGUAAGCAGA